AUGCAGAACACUUUUUCCACAAAGAGAAAUAAAUUUCUCAGCAUUAAUUCUACUGCAAACAGAGAACUUGUAUGCACCGUUUGCCCAAAGCCAAAGACAUACAAGACGUUGAAUGGCCUCAGAAGACAUUUUAAUAAAUGUCAUCCAAAGGAAACCGAGGAAUAUGAAAGAAUUCUUUUGAGAAGAAACAGUGUAAACUUGGGAGAACCGUCUUCAUCUGCAGCCAUCACCCCAGAAACUGAUAACAUGUCUAUGCAAAUGGAGUUCAUCUUAGAGUCACCUCAGAAUUUCUAUAGCGAGUGUACUUCUGAUGAUAGUGAGGAUGAUAUACCAAAAAGUCAUGUCAAGCGAUGGGAAAGCACAGACUUUGAUGUUGAAAGUGAUGUCCUGGUCCUUAAUACUGAAAUGGGAGCGGUUUUUAUGGGUGCUAACCCUAUAGCAGCGACCAUGAAUGCCUAUUCGGAUGGAGAUAGCAACACACAAACAGUCUACCAUCAAGAAAACAAUUCUGAGGGUUUUUCUGGAUAUACCAGUCCUUUCAAAUCCAAGGCAGCAUUUAUCUUACAUGCCUUGUUCCAUGACAAUAAAGAUCUUUCUUCUGAAAGAUCUAUCAAGAAAAUCAUGUUUGUGAUGGAGAAGUUGUUGGAGGCUGUUGUAUUUGGGAUACUUUAA